AGCCAGCUUUAGAUCUACCACCCAGCUACCACCCAGAUACCACCCAGAUACCACCCAGCGACCACCCAGAUACCACCCAGCUACCACCCAGAUACCACCCAGCUACCACCCAGCUACCACCCAGAUACCACCCAGCUACCACCCAGAUACCACCCAGCUACCACCCAGAUACCACCCAGAUACCACCCAGAUACCACCCAUCUACCACCCAGCUACCACCCAGAUACCACCCAGAUACCACCCAUCUAACACCCAGAUACCACCCAGCUACCACCCAGAUACCACCCAGAUACCACCCAGAUACCACCCAUCUACCACCCAGAUACCACCCAGCUACCACCCAGAUAUCACCCAGCUACCACCCAGCUACCACCCAGCUACCACCCAGAUACCACCCAGCUACCACCCAGAUAUCACCCAGCUACCACCCAGAUACCACCCAUCUACCACCCAGAUACCACCCAGCUACCACCCAGAUACCACCCAGCUACCACCCAGAUACCACCCAGAUAUCACCCAGAUACCACCCAGAUACCACCCAGCUACCACCCAGAUACCACCCAGAUACCACCCAUCUACCACCCAGAUACCACCCAGCUACCACCCAGAUAUCACCCAGCUACCACCCAGAUACCACCCAGAUACCACCCAGCUACCACCCAGAUAUCACCCAGAUAUCACCCUAUAG